GACAGCCAGCAUUUGUUUUAUUGUUGUUGUUUUUUUGUGUUUUUAAUUCUUUGUCUGGACUUGGGAGUUCCAAAAACUUAAAAAUAUGAAGAAUUUUCCAGUAUUUGUUUUUCCAGUGUCAUUAGAAUUCUUUCUCAACGCGAGACAUACUCAUAAACAGUUAUUAACAGUUUACAACCCGUACGACUUCUCCGUGAAUUUUAAAGUACUAUGUACAUCCCCAAACAAGUUCACAGUAGUGGAUCCAGAAGGAGUUAUAGCCCCACAAAAUUGUAUAGAUAUUGUUAUACGAUACUCACAAAACUCUGCGUCGCGUGGAAAUACCACGGAGAAGUUUCGAAUUACAAUGUACGACAGAAAUACUCAACAGGCAUUGGGUAAAAGAGACAUUCCAACAAAAUUAAUAGAAGGUGAACCCUCAAACACAAAUCCUGAAAGUUUGGGUGACAGUUUCCAUCCUCUAAUAGGCAAGGCAGCCCCGCUGCGUACCGAGGAGCAUUCUAAAGUAACUUGUAACCAUCCAUCACAUCAUAGAGACCAGCAACCUAUCAAUGUGGUAGCGGUGGCUGUCAGCAUAUGUUGCAUCGCCGCAUUGCUGUUACCCACACAACCAGAGCAGAUGGUCAAAUCACAAUGGCCCGAAUGGCUACACAUUGGCUCCAAUCUCAAAUUGGUAUUCUCUUUUGUGCUCGGACUAGUUAGUAUGUUGGUUUUAAGGCCGUAAAUUAAAAAGAUAUAGUGCGCCAAUAUUAUGUACAUACUUACACAUUUCUUUUGUUAUAGCUGAAAAAUUAUACAGCUGAAUUUUUUUAUUGAGUUUGCAUUUGUACAAGUGUUCUGUGUAUUGCCUUGAGAUUGGUUCUUUUAUAUGGAUAAUUUUAUGUCAUAUCUACUAUGAUUAAUCAUAAAAACUUGAAUAUUAUUUGAGUUUCAACAUUUAUAAUGUCAGUGUAAAAUGGACCUAAAUUAUCUGUUUUAAAGUACAUUCUGUAUUGCAAAUUCUUUUUCAUGUAUCACUGGGGGCACUGGUUGUAGAAUGUAAAUACAUUUAUGUAUAGAUCUGGAUAUAGGUAUAGAAGAUCUGGAUAUGCCUCUGUCAAUUUUCAUUAGUACAAAAACUUGUUAUAAUCUGUUUUGGGAUUUUCCUAUUCCUUCUAUUACUUGUACACAAGUACAACCUUGUUUUGUUGAAUUAUUUAAUGAUUCAAUUGCUAUGUAAUAGAUUAUUAUCUUCUGAUCUUUAUCAUGUAUAUUUGUAUUACUGUACAUAAUAUUAUUAUGUUUGGAGUUAACAUUCAAGCUAAGAUGCAAAUGGUAAACUAAUAAAUUAUUGUCUAAGUGAGUAUAGUACGGGACAGGUCGAGAUGACAAUCGGGGUGGGGACGCCCUGCACACCGGCACAGCCCGCGCGCGAACCCUUUUGCGGGCGAACCCUCCGCCUCAUAGCCUGAUUGCCAUCUCGACCUGUCGCGAACUAUAGGUACUAUGUUUUUGCGAACAGUACAACUGUUAGUUAUUUAAAUAUUGUAAUUUACAUAUGGAAUAUUUCAAGGUUCAAUACAUAAGUAGAUUAUUGUACCUAAGGUUUUGAAUCUGUAAUAGGGGUUCCCAAUUGUGAUCACAAAACUAGUGACUCUAA